AUGGCGAACGUCGCUGCUGCCGCUGCUGCUGCUGCAGCCGCUGCUGCCGCCGCGAGUCGAGACCCAGCCGUGGACCGGUCGUUACGGUCGGUGUUCGUGGGAAACAUUCCGUAUGAAGCCACAGAAGAGCAGCUGAAAGACAUCUUUUCUGAAGUCGGACUUGUUGUCAGCUUCAGGUUAGUAUAUGACAGGGAGACGGGAAAGCCAAAGGGAUAUGGUUUCUGUGAAUAUCAAGACCAGGAAACGGCCCUCAGUGCCAUGCGGAACCUGAAUGGGAGAGAGUUCAGUGGUCGGGCUCUCCGUGUGGACAACGCAGCCAGUGAGAAAAACAAGGAAGAGCUCAAAAGUUUGGGAACAGGAGCUCCCAUUAUCGAAUCUCCUUAUGGAGAUACUGUCCAGCCAGAAGAGGCCCCAGAGUCCAUCAGCAGAGCCGUGGCCAGUCUGCCACCAGAGCAGAUGUUUGAACUUAUGAAACAGAUGAAGCUGUGUGUGCAAAACAGUCCCCAGGAGGCAAGAAACAUGCUGCUGCAGAACCCCCAGCUGGCCUAUGCUCUGCUGCAGGCCCAGGUGGUCAUGAGGAUUGUCGACCCUGAGAUUGCCUUGAAAAUGCUUCAUCGGCAAACUACAGCCCCUCCUCUGAUUCCCAGCGCACAGGGUGGAGGAGCACCACCAGUCAAUCCUCCUGCUGCACAGCCCACUGUACCAGUGUCUCAGCCGCAACCUGUGCCUGGAAUGCACGUCAAUGGAGCUCCACAGAUGAUGCAGCCUCCAGCCAUGGGUGUUGUCCCUGGACCGAUGCCUGUACCGGGACCUGGACCUGGACCGGUUGGACCUCCAGGACCGGGCGGUAUCCCCCCCAGAGGGCUGCUGGGAGACGGUCCCAAUGAUCCCAGAGGAGGAACUCUGCUGUCUGUCACUGGAGAGGUCAUAGAUCCCAACCGGGGCUACAUGGGAGCUCCACCACCACACCAAGCUCCUCCUGUACACAUGUCCCAGAUGGCGAGUGGGCCCCCUCCGGACAUGAGAGGGCCUGCAAUGGACAUGAGAGGCCCGCCCAUGGGUGAACCACGAAACAUGAUGGGCGACCCCAGAGGGCCACCGAUGAUGGAGCCUCGGGGACCGCCUAUUGAAACCAGAGGCCGUGACCCGAGGGCGAUGGACACUCGUGGGCCAGUGACGGGUCAGAGGGUUCCCAUAGCAGCAGGAAUGCCAGGCCCUGUCCCUCAUAGCAUGGGUCCAAACGCUCCUCCACCUGCAAGACCGGGUCCUGGUAUCUCUGGUGUUCCUCCAGCAGGAGGAGGCUUCAGUCCGGGCCAGAGUCAGGUCUCCACACAGGAUCAGGAGAAGGCCGCCUUGAUCAUGCAGGUCCUACAGCUGACCCCAGAACAGAUCGCCAUGUUGCCCCCGGAGCAGCGGCAGAGCAUCCUCAUCCUCAAAGAGCAGAUUCAGAAGACUGCUAGUGGAGCACCUUGAUAUUCUGACAGACAAAAUUCUGAAACAGCAGAGGUGGAGUUUCUUGUUGUUCCAUCUUAAUUUUCCUCCUCACUGGAAAAUUGCCAUUUUUUUUUUAAAACAUUGCUGUAUUGUCAUGAAGCAACUUUGUUCCUGACUCAUGAUUGUGCUUUCCUCCCUCAUUUGUUUUUCCACUUCAUUAUGUCAGGACUUGCAGUCUGCCACUCCCUGACUCAGCUGCCAGCAGCUUGAACAAGUCUGAAGAUGUGUCAUCGUAGUUCAGAAUAUUGUAUAGUUUUUUAAUCAUAUUGUCUGUUUUGUAUGAAAGACUAAGGUUGGUGCAAGUGGAUACAAAAAGAAGUGAAACUUUUGAGAGGUUGAUGUGAAGGCAAAGCAAGAAUGUCAUGAGGUUUCAUGUUUGUCCUCCAAAGCCAACUGCUGUCACAUCGUAGCUCUGGAAAUUGUUUUGUCAAUAAAAUGAAAGAAUACCUUCA